GUACAUUUCGAGAUGGCGGCAAACGAAGGGAAUCACAAGCGGCCGCUGGAAGAGGAGGAUCCCAUCGUCUCCCUCGCCGAUGUCCUGGAAGAGGACGAGCAGCUGGAGAACGAAGCCUGCGCCGUCUUAGGCGGCAGCGACUCCGACAAAUGCUCCUACUCGGACGGCUAUGUGAAGAGACAGGCAUUGUAUGCUUGUAAUACUUGUACACCAAAGGGAGGACAGCCUGCUGGCAUUUGUCUGGCUUGUAGCUACAAGUGUCAUGAAGGCCAUGAGCUGUUUGAAUUGUAUACUAAAAGAAACUUCCGUUGUGAUUGUGGAAACAGCAAAUUUAACAACCUGCAGUGCAAGUUUUUUUCGGAAAAAGAGAAAGCAAACUAUGGCAAUAAAUAUAAUGAUAAUUUCUUUGGACUGUACUGUGUCUGCAAGAGGCCUUACCCAGAUCCUGAGGAUGAGACCCCCGAUGAAAUGAUUCAGUGUGUCGUGUGUGAAGACUGGUUUCAUGGAAGGCACCUUGGUGCCACUCUGCCAGAUAAUGAGGAGUAUCAGGAAAUGGUCUGUCGGAGCUGCAUGAAGAGAUGUUCAUUUCUUUGGGCCUAUGCAACGCAUGUGGCAGUGACUAAAGCAUCAGACGUUGAAAACAGUGGACCACUGACCAAAGUAGAGGAUGGUACUGUUGACGUGUGCUCAAUACGGGAAAAUGGAGAUGUACAUAAUCAGAAUGCAAUGACUAUUGAAACGAAAUCUGACGAAACUGCAGCCAAACACAACGAGCCUUCCACAAGCUAUAAAGUCGAAGAGAAAUCUGAGGGAGCCAGUGGUGACGAUGCAAGUUGCAGCGUGAAGGAGGAGAAUGUCACAGGUUGCAAACUGCAGCAGGUGAAGAAAAAGGGUGAAUUGCAGAGAGACUGUGCCACCUACUGGCCUCAUAACUGGCGUAAUAAGCUGUGUACCUGCCAGUCUUGCAUGAACCUGUAUAACGAACUAGAAAUCUCCUUCCUGUUGGAUGAAUUUGAUACCGUGCUGGCUUAUGAAAAUAAAGGCAAAACAGUUGAAGAGACUGAACGAGAAAAAUGUGAUCCAUUGAUGACAGCUCUGAGCAACAUGAAUAGAAUCCAACAAGUUGAACUCAUUUAUGAAUACAACGAUUUAAAGUCUGAACUGAAAGAUUAUCUGAAAAGGUUUGCAGAUGAGGGAAAGGUGGUCACAAGUGAAGAUAUACAGCACUUCUUUGAAGAGCUCCAGUCAAAGAAGCGACGGCGGGUGGAUGGAAUGCAGUACUUUUGCAGUUAAAGCUGAAAACAUUAAUUGCUCAGAUCUAAAAUGAUUUUUCAAUAACAAUUAAAAUUAGUUGACCCCAUUUUUUUUCUUUUGCCAGUGUUUCAUAUGAAGUUCACAAAGGCAGCAGAGAAAUUUGUUCAAUAUGCAGCAGCGUUAGAGAAUUUAAUGCAGGUACUGGUGCACAUUUUGUAGAGAGGAACAAUAUCCAGCUAUGCAUAACUGGACUGCAUAAUUGAAAUUAAUGGCUUCUACAAUGUAUUUUAAACUUUUUAAACAGUGUUGCCCAUAAUAAACAUGACAAUUAGAACAUGACCAGUUAACAUGACUGGACCCAUUCCUUGGGUUAUCUCUGUACUCCUGCCCAAAGCAUAGCUUAUCUGGAUAGCUCCUUUGUAAGCUUUGACAGCUGCAGCAUGGUAGAUGUUGAAUAUGAAAUGAUAUGCAAACCUCAACUUAUCUAAUUUUGUCUAAAGGUUUACUUAACUGUUGCUGAGAGGGAUAAUUCAGCAGGCUAAAAUUGAUGUGUAUUAUUUACAAAAGACUUGUUAAUAUUGGAUAGAAUCCUUUUGAGUAUGGUGGUGGUGCAAGCAAAUCCAGCAAUCAAAAGAUUGUUUCCUGCUGUUAUGAACCAACCACUAAAUCCUUCUGGUUCAGAAAAUGUUUGUUUCAUUUUGGCUUUUAAAAUAAACUAGAUGCCAACAUCCCAUUUUGUAUGUGCUUUAUCAAGUUAUAAAGGAGAAUCUAGAUAUACUAUUACCUACCUGUAGAGACUGAAAACCAACAUGGAUGUCAAGUGGAAAUCCUGGAUCUUGUUUGGUCUUCACCUGAACAACUUUGUAUUUAAGCUAUAACAAGUGCUUAGUUUAAAUGCAUUUUGUUUCCAUUAUCUGUACAGGUUAUAAUUGAAACAUGGAUUUGGCUUUUGCAUUGUUUAAAUUGCUUUGCAUCAAUAUACACUGUUUAAACUCUAAUGCAGCUUCUACAACUUCAAAUCUGUAAAGUUGACUGAAAGAUCAUAGCUGAUCUAUUUUGUAAUUAAUCUUUAAAUAUUUGCUAUGAGAACAGAUAAGCCAAUAAAAUUUGGUUACUUUACAAAUUAA